CCGCAACCGCAUGAUUUAAUUCAGAGAUACCUUCAUACAACUCAACGCAACCUUCAAAAUCGGUAAUUACAUCCAACGGUUUAGAUCUGAGAUCAUCUGGUUUGAGCGGGAUUUCCGGAAUGAAUGCGAUUUUAAUAAGAAGCUGGAGUGGAUGAAACUCGUCAUUUCCAGUUUCGCACUGCCCACAAUGGCCCAUUGUAUCAUGAUUUUCCUCGUCAUCCCAGUUAUCUUUCUUUAUACAACAUGCUGGGGGAUCCAGUGCUAUCAAUGCGAAAGCCUGAAAGAUGACAGCUGUACUGAACACGAAGUGGAUCCUAGAUACCUCCUACGCUGUCCUGUUACCCACAAUUACUGUCGAAAGAUUAUCUCUGCAUUUUAUUUCAAGGAUUCGAGCGAGACUUUUGUAGUUCGGGAAUGUGCUAUUCAUGGAUCAAUCGUGGAGGAUUGCUACAAGGGAAAAUACAGCAAAGAUAGCUAUCAAUACGUCUGUGAAUGUAAAAAUGCCGAGGGCUGUAAUUCCUCUUCCAAUUUUCACCAUCAAAAUUGGAUUAUUGAACCAUUUUUUAAAGACAUCUGGAAGAGAUUUCCGGUAUUUAUCCGCUGA